AUGUAUGAAUUAAUGGAGAAGAAACUUACACACCUCAUUCAAGAAAUCAUUUACCUGCUGUCUUCAGGAAACAAAACAGCAACUAACAAUAUGCAUGGACCAAAAACACUGCCAGGACCAGCACCAAAAUCUGCAACAGAACUCAUGGUACUAGUGCCCACCAGAGGCACAAAACAAAACAAGACUUUGAGUGAUGAUGACAACGACAAAGACUACAUGCCACGCAAGCCCAGACAAUUGUCAGAAUCACCAAUUCGACAAUACACUAUUGAUGCAGAUGGACAUGAGAUUAUUGAGUCAGGAGAUGACUUACCUAGUCACAAAAAAAAAUGGAAGCUUGUGGGAUCAGACUCAGAAUCAGCUGCAAGUCCAAGUGUACCAGCCCCAGUUGGUAAGAAGUUAUCCAAGAAUCAGACAAAAGGGGGCCCAAAGCAGAAAAGAAGUAAAAAGGCUCCGAGUCACAUGGCUCCAAUGACACUUUCAGAACUUGUCAAAGUCCCUUCAGAAGAGGAAUCUGAUGGUCAGAGUGCCCUGCAGGCAGUUCAAGAUGAGGAAAUAAGGGUUGGUGCCAAGCGAGGGACUCAGCAUCAGCAAACUACUUGGUUCUGUACAGAACUGUACAGCACGAGAGAUGGACAGCUUGGUCCCUUCUGUACACUUCACUACAAUAAUACAUCAUUCUGUUAG